UCGGCGACAGACUCGCUUUAACCUUCCGCGUUUACAUGCAGCUGGUCAGCGAGACAUGCCGCCUUCUCCGGUCUCUGCUUGAGUUUCCUGACUUGAUGACACGAGCUGUUUUACUCGGAUCAAAGGAUUUAUGAGAGAACUGCGAUGUGGUGUUGUCUUUUGAUUCUCUAUCUCACAUGUCCCGCGUUUACUCGGACUGCGGAUCCGCUUUGUAGCAGCGUCCCAGAGUUCAAGCAUGAUCAAGCUCAGUCGGUUUCGGCGACGCUCGGUCACAGCGUGGUCCUCACCUGCGCGGCCUCCAUAGCCUUAAACCGCACCGACUCAGACUGCAAAGACCGCUUGGACUGGGUGAAAGAUGGCACACCGCUCACCAACCUCACCUACUCUGAAAAUGUAAAAGACUGGCUCCCUGACGAUGGUCACGUCAUUAAGAGCAGUGAAUUAACACUCACCCUGAACGCUCAGGCCGAUUUCGGGGUGUAUUUCUGCGUGGUGAGGAACAGCACAGCGGCGUUCAGCGUGAAGGAAUACAAGUCUCCGAGUCACACCGGGGCCGUGGUGGCGUCAGUGGUCCUGCUUCUGAUGCUCGCUCUGGCAGCGGUGGUCUACUCCAAGUGCCGGCUCGACUUUAAACUGUGGUAUAGGAACGUUUACGGAGAGUAUGAGCUCAACGACGGCAGAAUGUUCGACGCCUACAUCUCGUACGUCAAUAAUGAGAACGACAGGAAAUUUGUCAACUUCAUCCUGAAGCCUCAUUUGGAGAACAAGUACAGUCAUAAACUGCUGCUCAACGACGCAAACAUCCUUCCUGGAGCCGAGCCGUCUGCAGAGCUGCUGAUGAACAUUAGCCGUUGUCGUCGGCUGAUUGUUGUUCUCUCUCAGUCGUACCUGGAGCAGGAGUGGUGCACGACCAACUUUAGGCAGGGUCUGUGGCACUUGACGGAGCUGUCGAGGAAGCCCAUCUUCAUCGUAUUUCAGUCACAGCAGAAGCAAAUGAGCUCGGACAUCAGUCAUCAGCUCAGACAGCACCAGCCCCGAAUCACGACCCUCACCUGGGGCGCACACUCCAUGACCCCCUCUUCAGGCUUCUGGAAGGAGCUGGCCCUGGCGAUGCCGCGCAAGGUGACGUUUCACAGGGACUCUGCCGGCGAUCCCCAGACUCUGCUGCAGGGCGAUAAAGAUCCCAUGCUCACGCAGCAGCUCGAUUACCUGGACUGCAGACCGGACCCCGAUCCCGCGGGAGACCUGGGUUUGCGUUUGCCCAUCUACAAGACCCUUCCCUCCAGAGCUCCGGUGCUUCCUGCAGGGCCAGCUGUGACCGCUGAACCCAAACCCUCGGAGAUAGACGUGUCUGACCUCGGCUCGAGGAACUACGCCGCACGCACAGACUUUUACUGCCUGGUCACAGAGGAUGAUAUCUGAGACACACUCCUGGUUUUUUUUUUUUUUUUUGCACUUUUAAGUCACUUUUAGCCCAAUGAUUUCUUGUUACCGUCACCGCUUUUUGAGUUUUUUACGGUUAUGCGUGCACAAUUCUUUAAGCUUUUAUGCAGAAUGCAUACAUUUCAUGUACAGUCAUAGGGAUUUUGGUUCUGUAUAUAUUUUAGUAAAGUUGUGGAGUCCUUGUGAGUGUGAGUGCGUCUGUGUCUCCUUCCCUACUACUGUAUAUAGUGAGCAAAAACACUGUUCACGGCAUUUAAAAAAAAAAGUGGGUGCUCGACUAAUAAAUAAGGGUAACACUUUACAAGUGUUCCCAGAAUGUGUCUGUAAAGGUUUAGCGCAAAAUGCCCUACAGAUCAUUAUAUCCGUUUUGAUUGGAAGCAGAAACACUCACUUUGUAUUUUUAUUAACUAACAUUAACAAAGAUGAAUAGAUAAUGUACAACUGUGCCGUUCAUGUUAGUUAAUGCAUUAUGUUAACAAAUGACAACUUAUUGUAAAGUGUUACCAAAAUAAGUAGAGCCAUCUUUUAAAUGUAAAGUGUAAAAAAUUACGUUUAUUUUAAAAAGUGCACACUAUGCUAAAAACCGUAUAUUUGUAUUUAAAUAGAAAUCUUUAAAAACUGCAAUGAAAAAGCGUCACGGCCAUCAGUAAUACUCCAGAUGAAAGCACAAGGGGCGUAGUUCAUGUUAUAUAAAUGAUCAACUGUAUCUAAUCUCACUUCAUGUAGUUUGGAUUACAAUGUUUAUAGCUGUCACGGUACGGUUCAAAGAGAAGGAGCGCUAGACGAGAAUAAAACGCUUUAAGAGUUUUAAUAAUUUGCAAACAAUAAAAUAUCACUGCUGCAGGCCGGCUGCCACAA